CUCUUCUUCUUCUUCUUCCACUGUUCUUCUUUUUUUUUUAACCUUGCCUGCAUAAACGUAUAGUAUUAAUCCUCAAAUUCAGCCUGUGUUGGAGAAGAAGCUCUUACAUCCAUCCGCAGCACUGCAGUUCUGCAAUCGAUCCGCAAGACUUCGCCGGAAUGAGCGCCCUCUCAGCUAUUGGAUUGCUCCCAAAAUAUCGUCUUCUUCACUGCGCCAAACGCCGUCGUGUUUGCUCCAGAAUACCGCCGGUGGUCUCCGCCACCACCAGAGCUUCGCAGCCGCCCCCGCCGCCCCUUCUGAAUGAAUAUGCUGGAGAUGAUGUUUUGCAAGCCUUUUUGAAAGAGAGGGAGGUGAGCGGUGACUUUAUCGCGAAACUCAGCGACGGAAUCUGGCUUAGGAAUGCGGCUGCGACUUCGAGUAACCGUGAAGAGUUUGAGGAAUUUGGUAGUGUUAAGAGGAGUGACGCCACGCAGUUACUGGAGGAGCGUAAUGAAGGUGGAUUUCUUAAAUUGAAGAGAACAAGUGAAUGGCUGUUGGGUGACACUGAUUCAGCAGCACCAAUGAAUGAGAAAAUGGCUUCCAAGGAAGUGCGAGAUGAUCGUGAGAGAAGAAAAAGACUGAAUUUCCUCCGAUACGAAGCUCUGAAGAGAGAGUUGCUUCUUUUAACUGUGGGAGUCGGGGCUGCUUGUACGGGAUAUUGUCUCAUUACCUUGUCGGUCGAGGCUGCUGUGAGCUAUGCAAUCGGGGUUUCCUUCAGUUGCUUAUACUUUCACCUUCUUUGUAAGCAUGCCGACAACAUGUCAAGAGAAACCAUUCCAGCAAUUUUCACGAAAAAGAAACCGAAAAGAAUCGGAAUACGAAGCGAGGAUCUUCAGGAUGCGAUCGAGAAAUCAGUGAAGGGCAGCAGCAUUUCCCUGUCAUCUCCACGGCUCGUCAUUCCUGCCGCGAUAUAUGGUCUUUGGGAACUCUCCCAACACUUUACCCACAACAUUUUCGACUUUCAGCUCGUUCCAGCUAUGGUAGGGCUGUUUGCAUAUAAGGCGGCAGCACUUGUACAAGUGUAUAGAGACAACGAGGAUCUUCACUUCAUUUUCCCCGAGAAGAGCACAGACAACACAUCGAGCAAGUGAACUCGCUCGACCAUUGUGUACAAAAAGAAUAGCUAACUGAAUUUUUGUCCGACCCAAACCAGGUGCUGGCAUUCUCCAUCAACAUUGGUUUGGAUUCAUUGUGAUAAUCACGGUACCUAUCUCGAAUACUCAAACCUCAUCCCUUCCCAAAUUGCUCUAAACUUUCAGUAAGGCCCUAAAUGUAAUUUUAUCUUGCACUCUAAAUCAUUCGACCUUACGGUAAUCGGUAAUAUUUUAUUUUAUUUUUUUAGAAAAUAUUCGGAUGGGACUGAAUUGACGUACUGAAUUUACUAAUAGUAUAUACUUUAUUUGUUUAGAUGUAUUCAAACUGAAAAUAUAUGUAGAAGACACAUACUUAAAUUUGCAGCAUUCAUCAAGAAUUCCAUCAAAGGCUAACAUAUA